CACAUACUGCAAACUUACACACUCUCUCUCUCUCUCUCUCUCUUUCUGGGUUAGAGUGUAGUGAAUGGGAAGAGCACCUUGUUGUGAAAAGGUGGGGUUAAAGAAGGGGAGAUGGACAGCGGAGGAGGAUGAGAAAUUGAUCAAGUACAUUCAAGCAAAUGGGGAAGGCUCAUGGAGGUCACUGCCUAAGAAUGCAGGUUUAUUGAGGUGCGGGAAGAGUUGCAGACUUAGAUGGAUUAAUUACUUGAGAGCGGACUUGAAGAGAGGAAAUAUUUCACCUGACGAGGAAGAAAUUAUUUUCAAGUUGCAUGCCUCUUUGGGGAAUAGAUGGUCGUUGAUAGCCAGUCACUUACCAGGAAGAACAGACAACGAGAUAAAAAAUUAUUGGAAUUCCCAUCUGAGUAGGAAAGUUCACAUCUUUAGAAGGACUGGGAAUGGAAGUCGACCACUGGUUAUUCGAACAGCCAAAUUGGGAAUGGAAACCAGUAAGCGAGGCAAAACACCAGGCAGAUAUGCAAUCAAGAAUAACGAUAAACGCCUCCUACAUAAACAACCUGCGGCCUCAACCAAGGAGCCCGACGAAAAUUCCACCGGCUUCUCAAAAGAUGACGGAAUUGUACCCAUGCCACAAACCCCAGUUUUAGAGAAGGAGAUCUUGUCUAUUGCCAGCGAGGAUAUGGCGAUUUUUUAUACAUUAUUAGAAGAUGAAGACAGGGAGCAUAUGAACCUUGUGAUCCCGAGUCCAUUUCAAGAAAAAACAGAAGGAGAAGGAGAAAGGUUGGUGUUGAACUCAAGCGAGGAGAAAAAUAGCCAACAUGUGUCCUCUGGUGAUGAGAAAGAAGCGGAAAUGUUAGGACCAUGUCGUGGGCUUGAAUUUGAUUGCGAAAUGCUACUUUUUGACGACAUAAUACAAAACGAGUUGCUGUGUGUUGAAGGAGCUUUAAAUUGGGGGAGAGAAGAUGAUGUCUCUUUAGCAAUCUUUGAAGGAGAGAAGAAAACUACAGAAAGAAACGAAGAUCAGUGUGAACAGCUAGCAGAAAAUGGUAAUUUGAACUCACAUGAUGAGUUUUACCGGUGUUCUUCAAUAGGAUCACUUUUUGAUGAUUGGAGCUGGGAGAAUCUUAUGCCGUGGGAUGAAAAUGUAGACAAUACGAUAUCUUGUCUUUGGCAGGGUGAUCAUGGGGAAGGAGACGAUCAAAAUGCAUUUGUUGCCCGGCUGCUUUCUUGAUUAUCAUUGUAACUCUCCCAUAGUUGGCAAACGUAGGUACUAGCUAGGAUUAGGAACCAAGUCUAAAUGCCAUUAUUGCCGAAAUGCUCCUUGUCGUUUUUAUCAUUUGUUUCUUUUAAAAACGAAAAAUUAUUAGGCGUAUUCAUCGUAGAUGUAUCUUCUCUUGUUUACACUUUUAAAAAAUAUAUAUAUAUAUAAAAUAAUUUAAUUAAUUUUACUUCA